GCAGGGAAAUAGAGUGUAACCAUGGUUAAGGCACUGGUUACUGUGUUGCCAAUAAUGAAUCCCUGAGAUGGUGGGGUUCUUCUUCUAUCUAUAAAGCAAAGAGAGAAGAUUUUACGGAUUUUCCAUCAUUCCAGAACCGUAAUCUCCAAACCCCACUUCGUCAGAUAUUAAGAAGAGACCAACAGAAUUUCCAUACUUGAAAACUUGACAUAGCAAUCUUGUUUUUUGGUUCCCCAUUUCCAUGUUUGUGGAUUCUUCCUGAUUCAAAGGCAAUUUGUUGUUCUAUUAGCUCAGUUUUGAGGUUCCACAGUUGCAACUUGCAGCACAAUUGUAACUUGGUAUCCCUAAAGGGCUCUUAGCAUUGAUCAAAAUGGGCCUCUCAAGUCUCCCAGCACCAUCUGAAGGAGUAUUAUGUGUCCUUCUGGUGAACACUGUAUUGUCAAUUUCCAUAUUUAAAGGCAUUGUUAGGACAAUCCUACACAUUGUUGGCAUCCACCUUUCAUCAUCCUCCACUUCACCAGAUCCCUCACAAACCCCACCUGAGUCAUUUGAAUUCCAUCUCAGUCCGUCUGAGAGUUACAUUGAAGAGUUCAGAAGCCGGACACCAACACUACGGUUUGACAGCGUGUGUUGCUGUAAACACCCUGAACAUGACUGCUCUGUGUGUCUCACCCGGUUCAAACCCGAAUCGGAGAUAAACCGCCUUUCCUGCGGCCAUCUCUUCCACAAAGUGUGCUUGGAGCAGUGGCUGAACUACUGGAACGUUACAUGCCCACUUUGCAGGACUCCCUUGAUGCCUGAAGAUGAUGCAUCUUGCUUUCAGUAAACAGAAUAAGAGUUGGUUUGGAUAUAAGCUUAGAAUAACUUUUGAGAAUUUUUCAACUGAAAAUAACGAGUUUAUUUAAGUAGAGGAAUUCUCUAGAAUUCUUCUAAACUUGUAUCCAAACAGAUUCUAAAUGAGUCUGGCAGGAAGAGAGUUUUCAUGUACAGUGUAGUGUACAUAUUCACGAGGUUUUGAUGUUCAUGCAUCUGAGUUCUGCCACCUUUUCAAGUUUUAAACUUUUUGACUUUUAUGGUCUAGAGUUUGUGGAGGGUUUUGUUUUCCCUUUUCUGUCUGUGCUCUUUGGCACAAAUGAGGGGGUAUACUUUUUGCUUGCAUAUUAUGUUUACUCAUAAUGCCCACCUUUGGUUGGACUUCAGAGCCUUAAUUCUAUGUUGGGCAUUUUGAUCCUAAUUUGGAAGCAUGGAUUGUAGAAUCCAUUUGUUUUGCCUUUCAAACUCUUAUCACCAUGUAUAUAUAGUGUAGUGUGUAAAUAGCUGUGGUUGGCAAUAAGAUUAAGAUUCAAUUAUAACUAAACAAUACAAACCACCAAUGCCUUUAA